CCUUUGCCUACCAGAAUUUAUAAAUUAUUCUCAGGCCAAAAUCUAGCCACUCUUAGAGGGCAUACUGGUGAAGUGGUGACCAAUGAAUUCAACAGAGAUGGAACAACGGUGAUCACAGGAUCGUUUGACAGCACAAUCAAACUGUGGGACAUUCGUACCUGCAGCUGCAUCGCUACAUUAUCUGGCCAUACAGCAGAAUUAAGUGCUUGUCGUUACAACUUUAGUUGUAACAUGAUCGCAAGUAGUUCAUUGGAUAAUACAGCCAAGUUGUGGGAUGUAAGGAGGACUGAUAGCUGUCAUCAUACAGUAACAGGUCAUACAGACGAGGUUCUUGAUGUUAGUUUCGAUUUGGUUGGUCGUCGAUUAGCUACAGCGAGUAGCGAUUGUAGUGCUUGUAUUUGGGAUACCAAUAAUGGUGAAUUAAUGACCGCAAUGAUUGGACAUACAGGAGAAGUGUCAAAAGUUUUUUGGGAACCUGCUGGACAUCAUCUGCUUACUGCAUCACGAGACUGUACUUCAAUGUUUUGGGAUACAGACACUGGAGAAUGUUUACAAAUAUUAAACAAACAUAUUGAUCAUGUAUUCUCAGCUGAAAUAAGCUAUUUAGGAGAUAUGAUAUUGACUGCUUCUAAAGACAAUACGUGUUGUGUCUGGCGACAAUCCAAAAAAGAUUAAAACAUGUAAUAUACUCAUAAUUAAGUACAUAAUGAAUUUAUCUAUUGUCAAUAAAAUAUUAAAUAUAAAUAUCAGACUUACAGUUAAUUAAUAGAAUGUUACAAUUUAA